AUGUUGUAUCUGGUGGUGAUAAUACGUUACAGAAAGCUUUUGAUGCAUAACAAGCUGGUAGCUGUGCGCAUGCUCAAGAAGAUUCUGAUUAAGCAGAAAAGAUUUGAGAAAAUCUUGUUCGAGAAAAUGCAUAACAAGCUGGAAGCUGUGCGCUUGCUCAAGAAGAUUCGUAUCCAACAGAGAUUACUGGCAGAAAAACAGGAAAAUUUCGCUCAAGCACAGAAAAUCUUGCUUGAAAAAAUUGAUAUUGCUACUAAGGAGCUUAUCAAGUAUGAAACGGAAAUUGCUGCUCCUGUCCCCAACAAUGGUUCUUUGACAAAAAAGCGCAAGACAAACGUUAUGGAAGCUAGACGGAGAUUGAGAAGACUAAUGGAUGAAGAUGAAUUUAGCCUAAUUUUGCAUACUAUUCCUUAUUGUAGGAAUCGUCGUCCUUGA